AUGGAGCUGUUGUACACAACCCUUGUAUUGGUCGUAGUUAUUAGUUUGGUGAUCAAAGUUUUCGAAGCUCUGAUCUUUAAGCCGGAAAGGCUUCGAUCGAAGCUCCGAAAGCAAGGAAUCCGAGGGCCACAGCCGGCGAUUCUGUUCGGAAACAUUCUUGAAAUGAAGAAGGCAAGGUCUCAAGUCAAGAAGCCACCACAAGGUCAAGAAAUCAUUGACCAUAAUUGCUCUCCUUUGCUCUUUCCAUCCUUUGAGCAAUGGACUAAACAAUAUGGUUCAACAUUCAUGUUCUCACUUGGAAACAUACAAUAUUUGCAAAUGAACGAUUCUGAUUUGAUGAAGCAAAUAACAAGAUGCACUUCUUUAGACUUGGGAAAGCCAGCCCACCAACAGAAACUAUUUGGUCCUUUGCUUGGCCAAGGCAUUUUGAGCUCCAAUGGUGCUCACUGGGUUCACCAGAGAAAAAUACUCAGUCCCAAGUUCACUUUUGAUAGUGUCAAGGGAAUGAUGAAGUUGAUGGUUGAGUCAGGAACGACACUAGUGAACACGUGGAGUAGUCAAAUUGAGAGAGAGGGAGGAGUUUCUGAUAUUCAAGUGGACGACUAUAUGGUUGGUUACUCCAAAGAAGUGAUCUCAAGAGCAUGUUUUGGAAGAAACUAUUCCAAAGGGGACCAGAUUUUCUUGAAGCUUAGAGGACUUGAAGAGAACAUGACUAAGAGAGCUUUAUAUAAUGGAAUUCCCUUAUUGAGAUAUCUCCCUUCAAAGACCAACAGAGAAACAAAGAAACUUGAAAAAGAGGUUCGUAAGUUAAUCCUAAAGGCGGUACAAGAAAGAAAAGACGAAGGAACUCAAAACGACGACGUAUUGCAAAUGAUACUAGAAGCUAGUGAUGUAGGGCAAGAACAUGAUGUUGAACGAUUUGUUGUGGACAAUUUCAAGACCAUAUACUUAGCUGGGUAUGAGACAGCUGCAGUUUCUGCAGCAUGGACACUGAUGUUGCUGGCUACGAAUCCAGAAUGGCAAGACAAAGCAAGAGCUGAGGUCUUGGAAGUCACUCGUGGCCAAAGCCCUAUUGAUCCAGACAUGGUUCGCAAGAUGAAAACAGUGAAUAUGAUAAUUCACGAGUCUUUGCGCCUCUACCCUCCAUCACUAAUUGUGACUAGAGAAGCAUUAGAAAAUUUGAAGUUUGGUGAUAUUAAUGUGCCUAAAGGGGUCCAUGUUUGGAUCAUGAUAGCCUCACUUCACCAAGAUCCUGAGAUUUGGGGACCUGACGCUCAUGUGUUUAAUCCACAAAGGUUCGCCAAUGGAGUGAGUGGUUCAUGCAAACAACCCCAUGUCUUCAUGCCAUUCGGCGUUGGGCCUCGUGUGUGUUUGGGACAGAAUUUCGCCAUGGCUGAGCUCAAAAUCCUUAUGGCUCUUCUUUUGGCCAAUUUCUCAUUCUCUUUGUCUCCCAACUACAGGCACUCGCCGAUUCACAAACUGGUGGUCAAGCCUGAGUAUGGAAUGAAAUUACUCGUUAAGAAGCUUUGAGAUUUUUAAUUUAAUUAUAUAUUUUGCUUUUAUUUUGUUGAUAAAUUGUAAUCAAUAAGCGCAAUUCAUGCAUGUAUGAGUUAAGGUUAAUAUUGUUUUA